CGGACAGAAAAUAAUAAAGUUAGGCUAGCUUUUACUAAGUGUCCUUCACAUGCCAAAGGGUACCUUGACGCCAUCGCUAUCGAAUCGUCUAAAUCCAUCUUAGUCCAUAUUGGAUUACUAUUAUCACUCUAUUCUUCAUUGUGACAGGUUCAAAAAUCCUGUGGGAUUGUUCUUUUCUUACACAUCGUACAUCGAUCUAACCCUUAUCUAAAACUCGUUACCGUUUCUGUCCGACGUCAAAUGUCCAUCUUCCGCACUUUAUUACCUUGGAUGUCUCGGUAGUUUCAGGGCUUAGGCAGAUUUGUCUACCUAGCUACUCCGUCCGUUACCUAUCGUUGUCACGAUACUCGUCAUCAUUCGACACUUUAGAGCUUUCGCUGUAGCUACAGCCGCACAACCGCUCUCACCAUGGAGAAAUACAGCCAAUUCCGCGACCGGGGCUCCGGCAUCUCACCCUUCAUCCCCUCGACAACACCUACCUCCCCCGUAUCCAAACUCCUCCACGGCGUCCUCUUCCUCUUCCGUUUACCCUUCUUCCUCGGGUACAGCGCCUUCUUCUUCCUAUUCCUCGACCACCUCCCCUCCCUCCUCAUCCCGCAAGUCGUCCGCAAACUAUUGCUAUGGACACUCCUCGGCAUCCCGGGGAUCUGGUGGGUAGACCUCCAACUCGACGGAGUGAAGCGCGGCUCGCUGUCGCAGCAGCCCAGUACACGGUUCCCGGGCAACGCGCGUCGCUCGAUUAUCGCAGCGCAGUUCACCAGCCCCGUCGACGCCCUCUACCUCGCCGCGAUCUUCGACCCCAUCUUCACCAUCUCGUACCCCGGCACCCGCAAGGUCCAGCGCGUGUCCCUCUUCCGCGCAAUCCUACUCGCUCUCGCUCCUCCGACUUCUACUCCAAGUAAUUAUAACAAUCUGACGACGCUGCGCGCUCUUGUGGAUCAGAACCCGCACCGUGUUAUAGCGGUGUUCCCGGAGAUGACCACGACGAACGGGAAGGGAAUCCUGCCGUUUUCCCCGUCGCUGUUGUCGGCGCCCGCGGAUGCGCAUAUUUUCCCCGUCAGCAUGCGGUAUACCCCGCCGGACAUCACGACCCCGGUCCCCGGGGCAUACCUCUCCUUCCUGUGGAACUUACUCGGACGCCCGACGCACUUGAUCCGUGUGCGCAUCGCCGAGGGGGUAACGAACGAUUCCGGGGCCACGACGAACGGGGACACGCCGCUGGGCAGUGAGGGGGAGGAGGUUGAUGGGGAGAGGCUGACGGGCGAGGAACAGAGGCUUCUUGAUAAGAUCGCGGAGGCGCUGGCGCGGUUGGCGAGGAAUAAGAGGGUGGGGUUGACGCUGAAGGAUAAGGCGGCGUUUAUUGAGGCUUGGAAUAAGGGGAGGAAAUAGAAUUUAAGAUGGGGUGAGUAGAAUGAAGGGUUGGGGUUGGGGAUAGAUGUUUUGAUAGGAGAAGAAAAGAAAUGAAAAGAAAAGGAGACGAUUUGAUGAUGAGAUUGUCUACAUGUCGGCGUUUAUCUGUCUAUCGAACGUACGUCAUUGUUGUUACGCAUUUUUCGGUGGAGCAUGCAUUGAUUUUCCCUCGCAUUGUUUACCUACUUGGGUAGGUAUGAAGAGAAAAGGAGACGAUAGGCUGGGGAUGAAUCCGGCGGCAAGGAGGCAGGUGAAGGAUUCGUGGCGUGCAGGUGUGGACAUGGUGUCUAGAAGAUCUAGCAUGGACCUCAUUUGGAGGUAAUCAUGCCUAGGUACUAGGUAGGUAGGUAGGUAGUUAAAGACUAUCAGAUGUUCAAGAUGAUGAAAGGGUGUAUCCCCUAUCCAGAUCACUCUCAACGAUCAAAAUCUUGUGUAUAUGCAGCUCGCAUGACCAAACCUGCUUUUAGAUCUUAGAUCAAACCUCCAGAAACCCAAGUAAAGCUAUCCCUCAAAAA